AUGACGUCCAUCCCGUUGCUUAACGUCGACGCUUCGGCGGCCCUGCCUACGCCGCUCAAGCUCGAGUCGACUCUGCGUUGCAACGACAAAUACGUCAUCGUCUACGACUUUUCAGAUAUAGACUAUGACGUCGCGACAAAGGAAUUCACGGAAUUGCUCGUCGACCUCGAGGAGGCUGGCCUCCACACCGAAGUACGACCCGGUUACGAACGCUCGAUCCUGGUCUUUGUCAAGGCCCCGCGACAGCUGCUUGGUAAUUCAGUCUACAAGGAGAGGGUAAAGGACUGGCUCUACUCGGUCACGCAGGUUCAUCCAGGUGGCGACAAGGACUCGGUCGUCGAUGGCCGCUUCGAGGCCGAGGAGCUGCUCACCAUGUACCACCUCGUGCAGUGGCCCAAGGACAAGGGCGGCGCCGGUAUCUACCCAGGUCUUGACAAGUGGGCAAACGUCAAGUCGUGCUUCCCCAUCCACAACGAGGCCGUCAACAGAGCGCUGCUCCGCCACAUGAGCAGCCGGCUGUGGCUCACUACCGAAGACCUCGACAGCAUCCGGAACCUCUUUGGCUCCAAGGUGGCCUUUUACUUUGCCUUUAUCCAGAAUUACACUACCUUUCUGACGUUUCCCGCCGUGACUGGCGUCGCCGCCUGGCUGUGGCUGCCGAAAUACUCGCUCGCAUACGCUGUCCUCACGAGCGUCUGGUGCACCGUGUUUCUCGAGUACUGGAAGUUGCAAGAGGUCGACCUUAGCAUUCGCUGGGAUGUCCGCGGCAUCCACAAGACGAAGGUCAACAGACCCGAGUUCAAGUACGAGAUGAUUAUCAAGGAUGCCCACGGCCGGGAGAUACACUACUUUCCAAAGUGGAAACACAUGACAAGGCAACUCGUGCAGAUUCCCUUCAUCGCAGUCGCUACCGUUGCGCUUGGCGCCAUAAUCUGCGCCGUUUUCGGUGUCGAGGUCCUCAUUUCCGAGACUUACACCGGCCCUCAUCAAUUCUACCUGGAGUACUUACCGACCAUUAUUCUCGCCGUCGCGAUUCCAUUUCUCAAUUCUUCUUUAGAGGGCAUAGCAGAGACGCUCACUGCCUUUGAAAACCACCGCACAGCCGACGCGCACGAAGUCUCCUACACACAGAAACUCUUCAUCCUCAGCAUCAUCACCAACUACCUUCCCAUUCUUCUAACUGCCUUUGUAUACAUUCCAUUUGGGCACGAGAUUAUCCCGCAUCUCAAGAGUGCCGUCCUUGCCGUCCUGCCGGGCCUCGAACAUACUUUCGCGACGCACUCCUUCGAAGCCGAUGCGGACAAGCUCCGCAACGAAGUUAUUGCCUUGACGCUGACGGGUCAGCUCUCCAGCUUUUUUGAAGAAAACAUCCUGCCGUACCUCAAGCACAAAGCCACGGAAUGGUACCGCGUGUACAGGAGGUCAUACCCCAAGCACGCGAUGCUUCUCACCAUGGUCGAAGAUGACCAGGAAGAGACCGAGUUUCUGGCACGCUGCCGCAAUCAGUCAUCUCUCCAAACUUACAACGUGCACGAUGACAUGGCCGAGCUUGUUUUACAAUUCGGAUACCUGGCCCUCUUCUCACCCGUCUGGCCCUUGAUCCCACUCGGCUUCCUCAUCAACAACUGGAUCGAGCUGCGCUCCGACUUUGCCAAAAUUUGCAUCGAGCACCAGCGCCCUCACCCUGUGCGCGCCGACGGCGUCGGUCCCUGGAUUCUAUCGCUCGACAUACUCACCUGGAUCGGCAGCAUCUCGACCGGCGCCAUUGUCCACAUCUUUGGCGCCGACGGCAUCAACAAGAACUGGGUGACGCUGCCCAUUACCAUUUUCGUCAGCGAGCACAUCCUGCUGCUGCUGCGCGCCGUGACGCGCUGGGUCUUUACAAAGUACGGCUCGGAGCAGAUUCGACGGGAGCGCGCCGAGCGCUACGCGCGCCGCCUUGCGUACCUCGAAGAGAUUGAGGCUGACAAGCGCGCGGGCCUCCACCUCAGCGUUGCGGAGCGCGAGCGCCGCAAGUCGAUCCUGGUCACCGGAGAUGAGCGGUUCUGGACGAAGCAGGUCGAAGACGGGUCGAGCGCCGAGGCGGGCAUCAAGCUCAUGUCGCUGGCAAAGGAAUGGGAGCAGAGUCGGGGCAUGAAGCCAAAGAGUAGCUGA